AUGUCCACCCCGUACACGGUCCUCAAACAAGAACAAGAACUAGAAGGCGAGUCCUCUACGGACGGACUGCUUGGAGAACCGUCGACCGUCUGCCACCAGUGCAGGUGCAAAGAAAGAGAUGGCCACGACAAUCCCGCUGGCCACAUAUUCCGAGGACGAUGGUCGACAAUCGCCGUGGCGCUUCUGGUGCUUGUCGCCACGGCGCUCUCUAUCAUGAACGCGAUACAUGCAGCGAAAGCCGCGAAGCUCCUUGCCUCCUGCGAGACGAAGAGAAUCGAGGAUCUCCCCCGACCAGAUCCCUUUAUUGGCUUGCAUGGGCAUCCGGUGAAGUGA